GGUCAGGGUUGGGAUUCCGCGCUGCGAGCAAGAUGCUGAAGUCCAAGACUUUCUUAAAAAAGACGCGGGCGGGCGGCGUGAUGAAGAUCGUGCGCGAGCAUUACCUGCGGGACGACAUCGGCUGCGGCGCGCCCGGGUGCGCGGCGUGCGACGGUGCGCACGAGGGGCCGGUCCUCGAGCCGCAGCCCCUGGAUCCUGCGAGCAGCCUGUGUCCCCGGCCGCACUACUUGCUUCCCGACACCAACGUGCUGUUGAGCCAGAUCGAUGUUCUUGAGGACCCUGCCAUCAGGAAUGUGAUUGUACUACAAACAGUUCUGCAAGAAGUGAGAAAUCGGAGUGCUCCGGUAUAUAAACGAAUCAGAGAUGUGACUAAUAACCAGGAGAAGCAUUUCUACACGUUCACUAAUGAGCACCAUAGAGAAACUUAUGUAGAACAAGAACAGGGAGAAAAUGCUAAUGACAGGAAUGAUAGAGCCAUUCGAGUAGCAGCAAAAUGGUACAAUGAACAUUUGAAGAAAAUGUCAGCAGAAAAUCAUCUACAAGUCAUCUUCAUAACAAAUGACAAAAAAAACAAAGAAAAAGCCAUAGAAGAAGGAAUACCAGCUUUCACUUGUGAAGAAUAUGUAAAGAGCCUGACUGCUAACCCGGAACUCAUAGAUCGUCUUGCUUGUUUGUCUGAAGAAGGGAAUGAAAUAGAAAGUGGAAGAAUAAUAUUUUCAGAGCAUCUUCCUUUAAGUAAGCUACAACAAGGCAUAAAAUCUGGUACAUACCUUCAAGGAACAUUUAGAGCAAGCAGGGAAAAUUACUUAGAAGCUACAGUAUGGGUUCAUGGAGACACUGAAGAAGAGAAAGAGAUAAUCUUACAGGGACUUAAAAAUUUAAACCGAGCUGUUCAUGAAGAUAUUGUGGCUGUAGAGCUUCUUCCCAAGAAUCAGUGGGUGGCACCAUCUUCUGUGGUUUUACACGAUGAAGGUCAAAAUGAAGAUGAUGUGGAAAAAGAAGAGGAGAGAGAACGCAUUCUUAAGACUGCUGUAAAUGAAAAAAUGUUAAAGCCCACAGGUAGAGUUGUAGGAAUAAUAAAAAGAAAUUGGAGACCAUAUUGUGGCAUGCUUUCCAAGUCUGAUAUUAAAGAGUCAAGAAGACAUCUCUUUACCGCUGCUGAUAGGAGAAUCCCUAGAAUUCGAAUAGAAACCAGACAGGCUUCUGCAUUAGAAGGACGGAGGAUUAUUGUUGCUAUUGAUGGUUGGCCCAGAAAUUCCAGAUACCCAAACGGACACUUCGUAAAAAACUUAGGUGACGUUGGAGAUAAAGAGACUGAAACAGAAGUUUUGUUGCUGGAGCAUGACGUUCCCCAUCAGCCUUUUUCACAGGCUGUUCUUAGCUUUCUUCCAAAGAUGCCCUGGAGUAUUACUGAAAAGGAUAUGAAAAAUCGAGAAGACCUGAGACACCUGUGUGUUUGUAGUGUGGACCCUCCAGGAUGUACUGAUAUAGAUGAUGCUCUACAUUGCAGAGAACUGGAAAAUGGAAAUUUGGAGGUUGGUGUUCACAUUGCAGAUGUUAGCCAUUUUAUUAGGCCAGGAAAUGCUUUGGAUCAAGAGUCAGCCAGAAGGGGAACAACUGUGUAUCUUUGUGAAAAGAGGAUUGACAUGGUUCCAGAGUUGCUUAGCUCUAAUUUAUGUUCCUUAAGAUGUAAUGUUGACAGGUUGGCAUUUUCAUGUAUUUGGGAAAUGAAUCACAAUGCUGAAAUCUUAAAAGUGAGGUUUACCAAAAGUGCCAUUAAUUCAAAGGCUUCCCUUACAUAUGCUGAAGCUCAGAUGAGAAUUGAUUCUGCAGCCAUGAAUGAUGAUAUUACCACUAGUCUCCGUGGACUAAAUAAACUAGCUAAAAUUUUGAAAAAAAGAAGAAUCGAAAAAGGGGCUUUGACUCUUUCUUCUCCAGAAGUUCGAUUCCACAUGGACAGUGAAACUCAUGAUCCUAUAGAUCUGCAGACCAAAGAACUUAGGGAAACAAAUUCCAUGGUGGAAGAAUUUAUGUUACUGGCCAAUAUCUCUGUUGCAAAAAAAAUUCAUGAAGAAUUUUCAGAACACGCCUUGCUUCGAAAACACCCAGCUCCCCCUCCGUCAAAUUACGAAAUUCUGGUUAAGGCAGCUAAAUCCAAGAAUUUGGAAAUUAAAACUGAUACAGCCAAGUCCUUGGCUGACUCUUUGGACCGGGCAGAUUCUGCAACUUUUCCAUAUCUCAACACUCUCUUAAGGAUCUUAGCCACUCGCUGUAUGAUGCAGGCUGUGUACUUCUGCUCUGGAAUGGAUAAUGAUUUUCAUCACUACGGCUUAGCAUCGCCAAUAUACACACAUUUUACUUCACCCAUCAGAAGAUAUGCAGACAUCAUCGUCCAUCGGUUGUUGGCUGUGGCUAUUGGGGCUGACUGUACUUAUCCAGAGUUGACAGACAAACACAAGCUUGCAGAUUUAUGUAAAAAUCUCAACUUGCGGCACAAAAUGGCUCAGUAUGCCCAACGUGCAUCAGUGGCUUUUCAUACCCAGUUGUUUUUCAAAAGCAAAGGAAUAGUAAGUGAAGAAGCCUAUAUUCUAUUUGUAAGAAAGAAUGCUAUUGUGGUGUUAAUUCCAAAGUAUGGUUUAGAAGGUACCGUCUUUUUUGAAGAAAAGGACAAACCAAAGCCAAGGCUUAUUUAUGAUGAUGAGAUACCUUCCCUUAAAAUAGAGGAUACAGUGUUUCAUAUAUUUGAUAAAGUUAAAGUGAAAAUCAUGCUAGACUCAUCUAAUCUUCAGCAUCAGAAAAUCCGAAUGUCCCUGGUAGAACCACAGAUACGAGGAAUAAGCAUUUCGGCUGAUACUCCAAACAUGGACAUUGAUGAACCAGAGAGAAAGAAGAAGAAAUGUGAGAAAUAGCUACAGUCAACAAAGAAACUUCGAAGACUGGUUUCCUUAAAAAAACAAAACCAAAAAAAAAAAAAAAAAAACCCAAAACAAAAAACCUUGAGAGAACACUUUUAAACCUAGGAUGUGUGUGAUACAGUUUGUUACUUUU